AUGAAGCAGCUCUGCGCUUUCACUAUUUCUUUGUUGUUUCUGAAGUUUUCUCUCAUCCUGUGCUGUUUGACUGAACCAAGUUGCUUUUGGAGAAUAAGGAAUAGUGAAGAUAGUGAUGGAGAUUUACAAAGGGAAUGUCAUUUUUACCUUUGGAAAACUGAUGAACCUAUUGAAGAUAGUUUUUAUAAUUAUGAUUUAAGUUUUAGAAUUGCAGCAAGUGAAUAUGAGUUUCUUCUCGUAAUGUUUUUUGCUAUCGAUGAGAUCAACAGGAAUCCUUAUCUUUUACCCAACAUAACUUUGAUGUUCUCCUUCAUUGGUGGAAACUGUCAGGAUUUAUUGAGAGUUAUGGACCAAGCAUAUACACAAAUAAAUGGACAUAUGAAUUUUGUUAAUUAUUUCUGUUAUUUAGAUGAUUCAUGUGCCAUAGGUCUUACAGGACCAUCAUGGAAAACUUCCUUAAAACUGGCAAUGCACUCUUCGAUGCCACUGGUUUUCUUUGGACCAUUUAAUCCUAACCUACGCGACCAUGACCGGCUGCCCCAUGUCCAUCAGGUAGCCCCCAAGGACACACAUUUGUCCCAUGGCAUGGUCUCCUUGAUGUUUCACUUUAGAUGGACUUGGAUAGGACUGGUCAUCUCAGAUGAUGACCAGGGUAUUCAGUUUCUCUCAGAUUUAAGAGAAGAAAGCCAAAGGCAUGGGAUCUGUUUAGCUUUUGUUAAUAUGAUCCCAGAAAACAUGCAGAUAUACAUGACAAGGGCUACAAUAUAUGAUAAACACAUUAUGACAUCUUCAGCAAAGGUUGUUAUCAUUUAUGGUGAAAUGAACUCUACUCUAGAAGCAAGCUUUAGAAGAUGGGAAGAGUUAGGUGCUCGGAGAAUCUGGAUCACAACCUCACAAUGGGAUGUCAUCACAAAUAAAAAAGACUUCACCCUUAAUCUCUUCCAUGGGAUCAUCACUUUUGAACAUCAUAGAUUUGAGAUUCCUAAAUUAAAUAAAUUCAUGCAAACAAUGAACACUGCCAAAUACCCAGUAGAUAUUUCUCAUACUAUAUUGGAGUGGAAUUAUUUUAAUUGUUCAAUAUCUAAGAACAGCAUUAGAAUGCAUCAUAUUACAUUCAACAACACCUUGGAAUGGACAUCACUGCACAACUAUGAUGUGGCGAUGAGUGAUGAAGGUUACAAUUUGUACAAUGCUGUUUAUGCUGUGGCCCACACCUACCAUGAAUACAUUUUUCAACAAGUAGAGUCUCAGAAAAAGGCAAAACCCAAAAGAUAUUUCACUGCUUGUCAGCAGGUGUCUUCCUUGAUGAAAACCAGGGUAUUUACGAACCCUGUUGGAGAACUGGUGAACAUGAAGCAUAGGGAAAAUCAGUGUACAGAGUAUGAUAUUUUCAUCAUUUGGAAUUUUCCACAAGGCCUUGGAUUAAAAGUGAAAAUAGGAAGCUAUUUACCUUGUUUUCCACAGAGACAAAAACUUCAUAUAUCUGAUGAUUUGGAAUGGGCCAAGGGAGGAACAUCAGUGGGUAUAUCAUAA